CCUCGCGCCGAAUUUUGGAAAGAAAUGGGAUCCCGAUCAGCGGCAGCGCCAGAGCCAGAGCCAUAGAACGUCCAAGAGCUACAGAGCUCGCACUUUCACUCCUUUCCCGUCCAACCUGCUCCCAAUUCCUGUCGCGCCGUUAUUUUUCUAUCAUCGGGCGGCCAAUUUCAACCUCUGGAUUACAAGACGCCAGCAGCACUCUGCAGUUCCAAUAGGCCUGAUCUCGCCCAGUCCAGCCACACUCACCUUAACUCAUCGGCCAACGACAAACCUAACGAUCGUAUCUUUUCGACGGCAUUGCCUGAUAGCCCGAAAUGGCGUACAAUCCAUAUGGAGGAAACCCGUACGGGCCCCCUCCGACCUACGGCGGCUUCCCGGGGUCGAACGCCGCUCCUGGCAUGGCUCCCCCACCUGGUCUAGGCCCUCCGCCAGGCAUGUCUUCCGCUCCGGGAAUGGCACCACCUCCCGGUGUCCAACAGUCCAACAACGCACAAGCUAACCGACAAAGCGGCCUGCCGCCCAACUUCCAAGCUCCCGCGAACCUCCCCAACAUCAACUUCAGUGCCCCGGUCAUUCGGCUCGGAACCAUAGGCGCUAAGCCGGGCGGCCCUGAUGCCGGGAGGAAGGAUAACAAUACCGCGACGGGUGGUAGGUCCGGCCUUGGCAUGGACCGCGGAUACGACCAGUCGAGGGCUGCCGCCAGAGAGCACAUGCAGUCGCUGGUUCCCCCCACCAAUGAGGAGAAGCUGCGCACCUUGUUCGUCCACAAGAUACCCGAGGGUGUUAGAGGCGACGAGGGCAUCGAGAGAAUCCUCAAUGCCGUAGGCAAGCUCCGGAGAUGGGAUGCUGCAGCUUCGGUUCUCUCUGAUGGCAAAGGCGCCAAGUUCGGCUUCGCCCAAUACGAGGAUGCCGACUCUUUCGCGACCGCUGCCGACCUACUCCAAGACCUCGAGGUUCCCCUCAAGCGACAGGGCCCAAUGGAGGCGCCUCCAGACGACGAUUCAUUCGACGGGGUGGAGAUGGUCAAGCUCCAGGUUACCGUCGAUCCGAACUCUCUCAAGUACCUCGAAUCCUACAAAGAAGGCAGAGGCGACGAUGGCGCUGCCGAGUCGCGGACGCAAGCCGCCAAAGAAGCCUUGCGGCAGAUUGUCCGGGAUCUUGCCUAUCCCAAGACUGCCGCGACGACCGACGGAGAAGGCGACGUAUCCAUGGGCAACUCGGGCGACAAUGUUGAGGUUGUCAACAUUCCCUUGGCUCAGGACGACGAGCUUGCGGAUAUCCCUGCCGAGAUGAGGGAGGUUGUUGCUGCCGAGAUCGCUGCAUUCAGAGAACGCAGCAAUAAACGAGACAUGGAACGCCUGAAGCGCGAGGAAGAAAUGGAGGAGAUGGAGCGCAACCGCAACGGCCCUUCUCGUCCGUCACGACACGACUCUCCGCCGCCCUCCAACUCCAACCACAUCCCUGUCGGUCCCCGUGGUAUGCACAAUGCACCAUCCGGGCCCCGAGGACAAACCGGCGGCGGUCGCACCGCAUCUUUUGUGAAUGGUGGCAUCUCCAACGCCGAUUUCUCCAUCAACCGUGAAGAUGAAGAGACGGACGCCGACGACGAGGAGCUCCAUCAGAGGGAGCUCUCGAAGCAAAAGUCCGAGGAGGACAAGAUGUAUCUCGAGGCGGAGCGGAAAUGGGUCAAUAGAGAACGGUCUCGGGCGGCGGCUCUGGAACGUGAGAAGGAGCGUGAGCUGCAGGAAGAGGAAAGCCUGGAGAGGCGCAUUCAAGAGCAACUGGAGAGAGAGAAGGCCUGGGACGACGAACGAGAAGCAUCGAGGAAGAGUCACCUGUACUAUCGCGAUCAUGCAGCCUGGGUCAAGAAGCGGCAGAUCGAACGGGCGGACGAGCAGGCCAGAGAUGAAGCCGAUAGGAGAGCCGAAGACGACGAACGACGCAGGGAGGCCGCAGACAUGGAGAAGGCGCGCGGCAUCGCCGAUUCCUUCCUGGACCAGCAAGCUCAAGAGAUGGAGCAACGGCAACAGGCGGCGGUCUCGGCACCCGCACCGUUCAAGCUGUCGCUUGGAGCUGCCGCUCAGCGUGCUCAGGCUCAGCGCGUGGCACCUCAACGACGGACUGUCGCCGAGGUGGAGGGUCUCCUCGACGACGAGGAGCAAGACAGCACCACCAGGAGACAGCUCAUCCCCAUCCAGUUUGAGCCUACGACUGCUGCGGACAAGAUGACCGAGGAGGAGCUCAGCAAGGCUGUUCGUGCCCUUGCGCAAGAGAUUCCCUCCGAAAAGGAUGGCCUGUGGAACUGGAGCGUGCAAUGGGACUACUUGGAUGAGACCAUCAUUCGCGACAAGCUCCGGCCGUUUGUGGAGAAGAAGAUUGUCGAGUACCUCGGUGUUCAAGAGGAGAUGUUGGUAGAGGUGGUUGAGGAGCACCUCCGGAAGCACGGCAAGCCAGCAGAGCUGGUGGAGGAACUUGCAGCGGCCCUGGAUGACGAGGCGGAGGAUAUGGUGAAGAAGUUGUGGCGCAUGGUCAUCUUCUUCACCGAAAGUGAGAAGAGAGGAUAUCCGGCGUAGACUAGGCAGCUGUUACCUGUAUUAUACCGACCUUCCGGCAGCAGCUGCAGCAUGCAAGAGAAAUCGGCUGUGCCCUUCUGCGGGGCCUGGAAGAUGCAUCCCAUCAGACAACUGUUUUUGGUCAACAUUUCCCUGGGAAGAAGAACCAUCCGAUGUGCAUCAAGUCGUGUAAGCUUUGACACGAUACCUUACUUUGACUGCUGUCGAGCAAAGAAGCACGGGUCAGGGGACUUCACAAACCAUGCAUUGUACGUGUUGUUC